GAUAAGCUGUCCGCCGGUUGUGCACAGCCGCUGACACUAAGCUGCAGCAGUUGCAAGCUCGUGAGGUCGCCAGGCUUGCGGUCCACCCCGAAGCUGCGUUUCGCUGCAAGAAGAGCAGCGCGCGCGCAGUUUAGCCGCCGAAGGCGAGCACUGCCAAAUUAGGCAGCAAUUUAUUCGCCGCGUCCCCGCUGUUAACAGCAGCGGCGGAGCGAAUAGUUCGCAACCAUGAUGGCCCCACCGAGAGGCAUGCCGGGCGGCUACGGCCAGCAGCCCGGCAUCAUUUUGCUCCGGGAGGGCACGGACACGAGCCAGGGCAAGGCCCAGUUGAUUUCGAACAUCAACGCCUGCGGAGCUGUGGUGGACGCCGUCCGCUCGACGCUGGGCCCGCGGGGCAUGGACAAGCUCAUGUAUGAUGGUACUAAAGUAACCAUUUCGAAUGACGGCGCGACGAUCAUGAAGCUCUUAGAUAUCGUGCAUCCGGCCGCGCGCGUGCUCGCGGAGAUCUCCAUGUCGCAGGAUAGCGAGGUCGGCGACGGCACGACGUCCGUCGUGCUCCUCGCGGGGGAGAUGCUCAAGCAGGUGAAACCCUUCGUCGAGGACGGCUUGCAUCCCCAAACCAUUGCGAGAGGGGUGAGAAAAGCGGUCGGGUUGAUCUCGAAACGUCUCGCAGAGGUCGCCGUGGACAUGCCCCCGGACCAGCGAAGACGUAGAUUGGAGAUCCUCGCGGGCACGGCUCUCAACUCAAAGCUCAUCGCGAACUACAAGGAUCUGUUCGCUCCGAUGGUCGUCGACGCGGUUAUUGCGCUGGAUCCAUUACUGUUAGAUCUCAAACUCGUCGGCGUGAAGAAGGUGCCGGGCGGGUCUGUGACGGACUCGUUCUUCGUCCAGGGCGUCGCGUUCAAGAAGACGUUCUCGUGAAUUGCGGCGUCCUCGGUCUUCCCAGAGGCGCGCGUCGUCGCGCCCGCCACGCCGUCGCCGCGCCGCCGAGAGCUCGAGCGCGCCCCGACAUGACACAACGCGCACAGGUACGCCGGCUUCGAGCAGAUGACCAAGUCCUUCGACAACGCGAAGGUUCUGUGUCUGAACGUCGAGCUCGAGCUGAAAUCGGAGAAGGAGAACGCGGAAGUGCGCAUCUCCGAUCCCGACGACUACCAGUCGAUCGUCGACGCUGAGUGGAAGAUUAUUUAUGACAAGUUAGCUUUGUGCGUCGAGUGCGGCGCGAACGUCGUGCUGUCGAAACUACCUAUUGGUGACCUGGCGACGCAGUACUUUGCCGAUCGGGGCUUGUUCUGUGCGGGACGAGUGGCCGCGGAUGACCUAGGCAGGGUCUGCAAGGCCACGGGUGCCGUGAUUCAGACGUCGGUGCAGGACAUGGAUAGGCCUGGGGUGCUCGGUUUGUGUGCCCACUUUGAAGAAAAACAAGUUGGGGGAGAAAGGUACAACGUCUUCACGGGAUGUCCCGCGGCCAAGACCGCUACUAUAGUGUUAAGGGGCGGUUCCGAACAGUUCAUCGAGGAGUCGCACCGGUCGAUUCACGACGCGCUCAUGAUUGCUAAAAGAGGUGCGGGUGAUUCUAGAGUCGUCGGUGGCGGUGGUGCGGUCGAGAUGGAACUUUCGAGAUACUUGCGAGUCGAAGGUCUGAAGUGCGACGGGAAAGAUCAAUUAGUACUCUGCGCCGUGGCCAAAGCGUUGGAGGUCAUCCCGACUCAAUUAGCCCAGAACAGCGGCUUCGAUCCCACGGACAUUUUGAAUGCCUUGCGCAAAAAGCACCUCGACGAGGACGGGCUCUGGUAUGGUGUGGAUUGCGACAACGAGGGCAUCCAAGAUACGCUGGAGAAGGAGAUCUGGGAGCCGGCCCUGAACAAGGCCAAUAGUCUAUUGGCGGCGUGCGAGGCCGCGUGCGUGAUCCUCAAGAUCGACGAGACCGUGCGCAACCCUCGGUCCCAAGAUCCUGGGGCCGCCGCCGGUGGGCAGACGCUCCAGCAGCAGCACGCGCGCACGUCCCAGGCCAUGGGCGGCCGCGGCAUGGCGGGCAUGAUGGGUAGAGGUGGAAGAGGCGUCCGGCGCCUCAAGUAGGUCUGUUCCUCUUCCCCCAGAGUAACUUUUUUCGACACGUU